GAUACUGUACAGCUCAGAACAGGAGGUGAAGAACGACGGAGACACAUCAGGACGAAGAAAUCAGAUCUGAUCAUCUAGAUUCCAGAAAUGGAUGAGAAGUGGAUCUCCGUCAUCUUGCUGUUCUCAGCUGUGUGUGGUGUAUCUCCAUACGUUCCUCAUCGGUAUCACUUUGUGGAUCAGAAUAAAACCUGGAUUGAAGCUCAGAGCUACUGCAGAAAGACCUACACUGAUCUGGCCACCAUCAACAACAUGGACGAGAUGAAGAAGCUGAACGACACUCUGAAAAAUAAAGAUGGCAACUAUGUCUGGAUUGGUCUGAACAGAGGGAACACUGGGAAAUGGGGGUGGUCUCUGGGAAGUGGAAAUUUAGAAAAUGUAGGAGAUUCGUACCGGAACUGGGACAGUCGAGAACCAAAUAAUGCUGGAGAGAAGGAGUUCUGUGUUGCGAUGUAUAAUACAAGUGGAAACUGGCUUGAUGUGAAAUGUGGAGAUAAGAAUCCUUUUGUGUGUUUUGACGAGAAUAAGAGAAACACUGAGAGAUACGUAUUCAUUGAUGACAAAAAGACCUGGCCUGAAGCUCAGAGCUACUGCAGAGAACAUCACACAGACCUGCCCAGUGUGAGGAACCAGACAGAGAACCAGCAGAUCUGGAAGGUGUUAAAAACUGAUGACAGGAAUUGGAUCGGCCUGUUUAACGACUCCUGGAAGUGGUCGGGUCAGAGUAGCUCCUCAUUUCGAUACUGGGAUUCUAACCAGCCACAUAAUAACAAUGGAAAUCAGGACUGUACUACCAUGAUAAUGACUGAACAGGGUCACUGGAAUGAUAAAGACUGUGGUACACCAUAUCAAUUCAUCUGCCAUGAGGAUAAACUGAUCUUGAUCCAGCAGAAGCUGAGCUGGAAAGGAGCUCUGAGAUACUGCAGAGAGAAUCAUGUGGACCUGGUCUCAGUUCACUCUGAGGAGAUCCAGCUCUGGGUGAAGGAUGUGGCUCAGAAAGCCUCCACUGAUCAUGUGUGGCUGGGUCUGCGUCACACCUGCACCCUCAGCUUCUGGUUCUGGGUGGGUGGAGAGUCUUUCUGCUAUGAUAACUGGGCUCCAGGUAACGGGACAGAAGGUGAAGACUGCAGUCCUGUAGAGAGAACCGGAGCGGUGCAGGCUAGAAGAGAUCAGAAGUGGGUCAGCCUGCCUGAGAACCAGACUCUCAACUUCAUCUGCAUCAGAUAUGAAGCUGUGUGUGGUGUAUCUCCAUACGUUCCUCAUCGGUAUCACUUUGUGAAUCCGAGUAAAUCCUGGACUGAAGCUCAGAGCUACUGCAGACAGACCUACACUGAUCUGGCCACCAUCAACAACAUGGACGAGAUGAAGAAGCUGAACGAGACUCUGAAGGAUAAGCUGAUCUUGAUCCAGCAGAAUCUGAACUGGGCAGAAGCUCUGAGAUACUGCAGAGAGAAUCAUGUGGACCUGGUCUCAGUUCACUCUGAGGAGAUCCAGCUCUGGGUGAAGGAUGUGGCUCAGAAAGCCUCCACUGAUCAUGUGUGGCUGGGUCUGCGUCACACCUGCACUCAGGGAUUCUGGUUCUGGGUUACUGGGUUCUCCGUCUGCUAUGAUAACUGGGCUCCAGGUAACGGUGCAGAAGGUGAAGACUACAGUCCUGUAGAGAGAACCGGAGCGGUGCAGGCUAGAGGAGAUCAGCAGAGGGUGAAGACUAACACAAGCUUCCUCCAGAAGAGGUGGGUGCCGCUGAAGCUGGCACUGGAGCAGAGGCAGUGGGUGCUGCUGAAGCUGGUACUGGAGCGGUGCAGGCUAGAGGAGAUCAGAAGUGGGUCAGCCUGCCAGUGGGUCAGAACCAGACUCUCAACUUCUGCAUAA